CAUGCUCGGUGCGCGGCGGGACCGGAGGAGCGGCUUCCAGACAUCCGCGCAUGCUCAGCCUCGGCCGGUAGGGCCGGCCUCCGGAGGUCUGCGCAUGCUCGGUGCGCGCCGGGGCCGAAGGGCCGACGUCCGAGCAUCCACGGUACUUGCAUAUAUGUGUAUAUGUUUGGGAGAACCCAGGUUUCGCUCAGAUUCUGUCCGUUUGCCUUUCAACCCGGUGUCCGUUGGUGGUGCCAGCCAGAAUCUGAGGUGGCUCAGACCUGAGCAACUGACGUGUUCACUGGACACACAGACAUUGGACACCCUCCCAUCCAGCACCCUGGAGGAAUCAGCGAGCCUUGCUGGGCGCCAGCCCUCUCUGGAGCAACCGCAGAGACGUCCCAGGAACAACCGUCCACCCACACCCCACCCAUCAACCGGAUGGAUCCUGAUCAGAGGAGCAAGACACCAGCCUCAACGAGAGGAGGCAGAAGGGAGUCCAGUUGUGCCCCAUUCGUCAGGCUACCGCCCGAGGCCCAACAUCACCACCUGGAGUGCCCAGCCCGGGAUCAGGAGGAGGAAGCGGCCACGGAGAGCAGAGGAAGUGGACCCUCGUCCCGAGCUCCCUCAAGGGAUACCUACCAUGAGGGCAAACUAUGAGGCCUUCGUGCAGCUGAUGGAUGACUCACUGGUGCGGAGGUUUCUGAAGUUAGACAAAUAUUUCAUGAUGUCAGAUAAGUACAUGCUGUCGAUGGUCGUCGUCUACUUUAUCCGUGCUGCCCGCCCGACGUGGCAGUUUAAGCGGUUCCAUUUCUUCCUGGCCCUCUACCUGGCAAAUGGCAUAGAGCAGAAUGUGUUCGUCAUGAAGAAGGCCAUGUUACCAUUCGCUUUCAGGCACAAGGUGAGAAGGAAGGAGCGCAACAUCUUCCGUUGUCUGCUGAUGAAGUUCUUCGAGGCCAUAGGCGGCGAAGCAUGGGUGUCACCCGAAGAGUGUGAGGAGAUCAUGGACCAGGACCCCUUCUACUGGGGCUGGUGUCGGGACCGCAUCCUGUUCAGUACGCCAGUCAGCUGGGGGAACGAGGACAACAGAGUCGGGUAUGGCGGUGCAGAGAAUCUGGGGCUCAGAUGGGUAGCUGCCCAAGCAGUAUUAGGGCAAUGCCCCCUUAGUGUCCUUCACCUCCCCCCAACCCCAGCCACCCUGUCUGUCAUGGGGAACAGCCACAGCCAUGGGGAACAGUCUGUCGGCAGAGGUGGGGGGUCCCAUGCCAGUAGACCCUGCCCAUGCUCUGUGACUUAGCCAGAAUCCCAGUUUAAGCUCGAUGGACUGGGAUGUGGUGUCCCCCUCACGGACCUGGAAGAGGGGGUGGGGAGAUGUUUUCUUAAUUCCCAGGAGGGCAGUGGAUGGUAGGGGUCAGGGGAGGGACUAUCCACUCCUAGGAUGCCUUCAGCCUCCCCUGCCUCAUGUUCCCAGCAGCUGAAGGAAAGUCAGGGGCCAGCAGGGACAGAUGUGGGCCUGGAAGCAAAGGAAUGGACAGUGGGCCUAGGGGUGAGGAGAAAGGAGGGGGAAGGGUAGUUGGCAGGUUGCUAGGGGCCAUUAUGGGA